UAUAGUUUCUUGUAUACUUGGUGUUAUAGUGACAAAAGAUUUCCAGUCAGUUGUAUGAAAAAAAUUGGAAACUGUUAGGAAGUUACCAAAAUGAUUAGCUCUUAGCAGUUGAAGAUGCUGAAUUUAAUCAAUUUAUUAUGAUUACAAAGCACAACUCCAUUUUUUAUGAUUGCCAACAUUAUGUCAAAGAACCAAGACGCUCCUUAUCGACCUGUGACUUUAACCUCACGAAAUCUCAAGGUCUUUGAUUUUCUUUCGUUUUUUCUCUUUUAUAUUGGUACAGUGCUAUCUUGUAAUCAUAGGAAGACAAUAACUUUUACCUCAACUUUUGUCCAUCAGAGAUUAAAAGAUGAAGGUACUUUUCCAUUCUUUCAAGUUGAAGAGAGUCACCAGCAACGUACGCAGGUUCAUACCAUAUGAGCAAAUACCAGUCAAAUCUAGCCAAACCAUUGUAAUUUCAUAGCAUUCGUACACAACGCACUUGCAGAAUUCCAAACAGGAAAGGGUUUGUAUGUUUUUGCCAUUGUUAGAUAUGACUCGUAGUCAUCUGAAGCAGUCUUCUAUAAAAUGCAAGAAAGUUAAAGCUGCCCGAGAAACUCUUAACAAAGAAGUCGCAAGCAGAACCAUAUAAUUCUUGGUCUGUGGUUGUCCAAUUUCUAAACCGUUUGUUUAGCUAAUUAUAGGCAUAUUUUAUUGCACACUUGGCAAAAGUUUAGAUUGACGCUAUCAGCUAUAUGACACUUGAUUUAAGAUUGAGGACGGUCUUCCUCUCGUUCCAGUUCUAUAAACUCAACCAGUGAAUCUUCAACCCAAAAAUCAAACCUCACAGGUGUUGAGAUGCCUCCCUUUAACUUGAUAGAAUGUGUUCAAUUCAUAAAAGAGGAAUUCCCUUGCUUUUGUACAGCUAAUAAAGAGAACCUCACAAGUUGAGACAAAGUUAAUAUCUGUUGGCAGUCUUGCUCUUCGCAAUUUUUAGACCUAUACAACUGAAUUCAACGUUACAAAGCCUAUUCCAAUCAAACUAACUAUGUUCCACAUAAAGUACUGUUAACACUAAAUGAUGAAAAUUAGCCAUAUCAAAGCAAUGUGACUAUGAAGUUUGUUCAAUCGG